AGGACUCCGACCUGGGAAUUUCCGGACAGCUUACUUGGACACGGCUGCCACAGGGGUUUAAGAACAGCCCCACCCUUUUUGAUGAGGCCCUACACCAAGAUCUGACUGCUUUCAGGACCCUCCACCCCCACCUGAUCCUGUUACAAUAUGUAGAUGACAUCUUGCUGGUGGCAGAGACACAGGAGAAGUGCCUAGCAGGUACGGAGGCUCUUUUGCAAGAAUUGGGACAGAUGGGAUACAGAGCCUCAGCAAAGAAGGCCCAGCUCUGCCAGAAAGAGGUAACCUACCUGGGAUACCGGCUAAGCGGAGGACAGAGAUGGCUGACAUCAGCUCGCCAGGAGACCAUCUUGGGCAUCCCAGCACCUCGUGAUCACAGACAGGUGAGAGAAUUUCUGGGGACUGCCGGGUUUUGCCGCCUAUGGAUUCCAGGAUUCGCAGAAAUGGCGGCCCCCCUGUAUCUCCUGACCAAGACAGACGGACCCUUCAUCUGGGAGGACCACCACCAACAAGCCUUCGACCACAUAAAGAAGGCCUUGUUGGAAGCUCCGGCUCUUGGCCUGCCUGAUCUGACAAAGCCAUUUGAGCUGUACAUUGAUGAAAAGCUGGGGUACGCGAAAGGGGUCCUGACCCAAAAAUUAGGGCCAUGGAGACGCCCUGUAGCCUACUUGUCAAAGAAACUAGACCCAGUGGCAGCCGGCUGGCCCCCUUGUCUGAGAAUGGUGGCAGCCCUGGCAGUCCUGGUCAAAGAUGCCUUUAAAUUAACUUUGGGUCAGCCUCUUUGUGUUCGAGCCCCCCACGCCCUAGAGUCUCUCAUCAGACAGCCCCCGGAUCGGUGGCUUUCAAAUGCCCAGAUGACUCAUUACCAGGCCCUGCUUUUGGACUCUGACCGCAUCCAGUUCGGACCCCCCGUCGCUCUCAAUCCUGCAACCCUGCUACCUAGCACAGAAGAAUCCGACUCGCAGGGCGGCCAUGACUGUCAUCAGGUCCUAGCUGAGGUUUUCGGCACCCGACCAGACCUGAGCGACAAGCCACUGGAGAAGGCAGAUCACACUUGGUACACAGACGGGAGCAGCUUCCUUGAAGGGGGACAACGCCGGGCUGGAGCCGCAGUCACCUCAGACAGCAAGGUAAUAUGGGCCGAGCCCUUACCAGAAGGAACGUCCGCACAGAAGGCCGAGCUGAUAGCUCUGACACAGGCCCUGCGGCUGGCAGAAGGUAAGAAGCUAAAUGUGUACACGGACAGCCGAUACACCUUCGCCACUGCACACAUCCACGGAGAAAUUUACAAAAGAAGGGGGCUCCUCACAUCAGGAGGGAAGGAAAUAAAGAACAAAACAGAAAUCUUGGCACUAUUGGAGGCUUUGUUUUUACCAAAAGAGCUCAGUAUAAUGCACUGUCCAGGCCACCAGAAAGGAAAUCACCCAGAGGCAAGGGGAAGCCGCCUAGCCGACCAGACGGCUAAGGACAUUGCCUCCAAGAGUCAGGUUCUGACUAUGCAAAUGGACCCUGAACGCCAGAGACGGGAAGCCAUCAGAGACUACACCCCAGAGGACAGAGAGUUACUCGAGAAAAUUGGGGCUUUCAACAACCCAGAGACUGGCUACUGGGAGUACCAAGGAAAAACUGUCUUGCCUCAACGAUCGGUGGAAGAGCUCCUGAAUGAGCUCCACAAAUGGACCCACUUGGGAGUGAACAAAAUGAGAAAACUGAUUGAGAGGGAAGAAACAAUCCUCUAUCUGCUAAACAAAGAUGCCAUCCUACAAAGAAUUGUUAAGAACUGUAAGGCCUGUGCCCAGGUAAACUGGGGCAAAAAUAAAGCUUCAGGAGGAGUCAGACAAAGAGGCCACAGGCCAGGAGUCCACUGGGAAGUGGACUUUACUGAGGUUAAACCAGGAAUGUAUGGCUAUAAAUAUUUGUUAGUUUUCAUUGACACUUUUUCAGGAUGGCCAGAAGCCUACCCAACCAAACAAGAAACUGCAAGAGUGGUGUCCAAGAAGCUAUUAGAUGACAUCUUUCCCCGAUUUGGGAUGCCACAGGUAAUAGGGUCAGAUAACGGACCAGCCUUUGUCUCCCAGGUAAGUCAGAAGGUGGCCAGGUUACUGGGGAUUGAUUGGAAGUUACAUUGUGCUUACCGGCCCCAGAGUUCAGGUCAGGUAGAGCGAAUGAAUAGAACCAUUAAGGAGGCUCUAACUAAAUUCUCGCUAGCAACUGGCACUAAAGACUGGGUUACUCUGCUGCCUUUGGCAUUAUACCGGGCCAGGAACACUCCUGGGCCCAGUGGGUUGACUCCAUUUGAAAUCCUUUAUGGGACCCCUCCCCCUGCAAUCUCCUUCUUAGACCCCGACAUUUCUAACUUUGCUGAUUCUCCUUCCCUAUUUGCUCACCUGAAGGCACUGCAGCUGGCUCACCAGGAAAUCUGGAAGCCCUUAGCUACGGCCUAUCAGGAUACUAUUGACACUCCUAUUGCACCCCACCCCUUCCAGCCCGGGGACGCUGUCUGGGUCCGGAGGCAUCAGACUCGGAGCCUAGAACCACGCUGGAAGGGACCAUACACCGUCCUCCUCACCACACCAACAGCUCUUAAGGUCGACGGGAUUGCAGCCUGGAUCCACGCCUCCCACGUCAAGGCAGCGAACCCUGAACACCAAGAACAGCCCUCUGACGAAAGGAAAUGGCGGCUAGUCCGGACAGAAAACCCCUUAAAGCUAAGACUCACUACAAUUUAAUGAUCCUAAUUCUGUUUUCCCUUAUUCCCGCUAUUCAAUGUCCCAACCCCCAUGCUGUGUACAACAUAACCUGGACCUUGAUUGGUCUCCGAGACAACCAGCCCCUUAAUCAGACCUCUAAGGUGGGGACUUUAGGCGCCACCUUUCCGAGCUUAAGCUUUGACCUCUGCAAAUUAAUCCCUGGAUCUUGCUGUGGGACAGGUGGUCGUUUCCAUGGGGUAUAUGCAUGCCCAGGGAAUGGGAGAGAACCAGGUCUCAUAACUUCAUGCAAGGGACCGGAAGUAGGUUAUUGUGCUGUAUGGGGCUGUGAGACCGCUGGGACCACUUACUGGAAACCCAGCUCUAGUUGGGAUUUGAUUAAGCUGUCCGAUGGAGGGACCAGAACAUGUACAGGUACUAACCGGCUAACUAUAGAACUCACAGAGCACGGGAAAAAGGCCGACUGGAGCCUCCAGAAAACAUGGGGCAUAUAUGUUUACCUCCCUGACUGGGGAUGGAAAGAUCCCUUCGGCCUUAUUACGAUAAGGAGAGAAUACUCUGUCCUUGCCCCACCUCAGUCAGUCGGACCAAAUCCCGUCCUUCCAGACCAGCGCCCGGCCUCGGUACUUAGAGCUCCCUCACUGGAUGGUCGGAAUCAAACCCAUAACAGACUCCAGGGACCCUUAAAACCUACCCCAACCACACCAGGUACCGGGGAUAGGCUCCUAAAUCUAAUCAAGGGGGCAUUCCAGGCACUUAAUCAAUCUGAUCCUGGAAAAACUAAGAGCUGCUGGCUGUGCCUUAAUCCACAGCCCCCCUACUAUGAGGGCAUUGCCAUUCAGGGAAAUUACUCUAACCACACAGAAGCCCCCGCCGCAUGUCUAACCGGGGAACAUCAGUUAACCCUGACUCAGGUGACCUCUAGUGGCACCUGUAUUGGAAACCCCCCUAACGCCUCCAAGCUCUGUAAUGAAACUGUAACAAUCUAUCCUGGUAGCUAUUAUCUGAUACCUCCUAGUGGUACCUAUUGGGCAUGCAGUACAGGGCUCACCCCAUGUGUAUCAGCAGCAAUGCUAAACUCUACCCGAGAUUUCUGUGUCCUUAUUCAACUGUGGCCUCGAAUUUACUGGCAUGAGGAUGACUAUGUACUGAAUUUUUAUGAAAAUUCCCCCACCAGGUUUAAGAGAGAGCCUAUCUCCCUCACCCUGGCCGUUCUGCUAGGAGUAGGAGGAAUAACUGCAGGAAUAGGUACGGGGGCCACCGCGCUUGUCCGUACGGACCAAUACAUGCUUUUACACCAGGCGAUGAACCAGGAUCUGCUCGCCUUGGAAAAAUCUGUCCGGGCUCUCAAGGAUUCCCUUACCUCUCUAUCCAAAGUAGUAUUACAAAAUAGACGGGGUUUAGAUUUGUUAUUCCUAAAACAGGGAGGCUUGUGUGCUGCCUUAAAAGAACAAUGUUGCUUCUAUGCUGAUCAGACUGGGAUAGUCACUGAGACUCUAGACAGGCUCAAACAUAGAUUAGAAGAAAGGAAACGACACCUUGAGUCUCAACAAGGAUGGUUUGAAAACCUUUAUAAUAGAUCACCCUGGUUCACCACAUUGGUAUCCACCCUAGCUGGACCCUUAGUCCUACUCCUUCUUAUUUUAACCCUGGGACCUUGUAUACUUAAUCGACUGGUCCAAUUUGUGAAGGAACGGCUGUCUGUAGUGCAGGCGUUAGUCCUCACAAGCCAGUACCAGGCAUUGAGGACCGAAGAUCCAGACAUGUUAUGAUGAGUGAAAGAUUCCACUCAUAUGCCCAUAGAAAAAGAGGGGAAUGAAAAA